UUCAAGGACUUUUCAAUCCCUUCCUUUUUCAUUUCCCAAAAUCUUCGUCGCUGAAUGAGAUUCCAAUUUGGAGGGGAGUUGCAGUCGACGAAGAUUUGAUUCAAAUCAGAUGGAUCCAUUGGAGGACCCGAGCUGUUCGGAUUUUCUUGAUUACUCCUUGUUCGCCGACGCCGACAACACUGUUAGCCCUUCGCUCGGUCCUCUAUGGCUGCCUAAUGAUUUCAGGGAUGGUGGUGCGGAUACGGGUGUUUCAGACGGGCGUGUUGAAUCUGAAGAAACCGAUUGUUUGCGGAAGAGGGUGCGAGAUGAGCCGUGCACUGGACCAACUUCUAAAGCUUGUCGCGAGAGGUUGCGGAGAGGGAGAUUAAAUGAUAGGUUUCUAGAUUUGAGCCAUGCUUUAGAACCUGAUAGACCUGCCAAAACUAACAAGCCUGCCAUACUUGAUGAUGCCAUUAGAGUGUUGAAUCAACUCAAGACUGAAGCUGAAGAGCUCAAACAAACUAACGAAAAGCUACGGGAAGAAGUGGAGUGUUUAAAGGCAGAGAAGAAUGAUCUUCGGAAGGAGAAAACAAUUUUGAAGGAAGACAAAGAAAGAAUCGAGCAACAGUUGAAAUCUAUAGCCAUUCCACCUCCAGGGCUUAUCCCAGGUCAUCCUGCUGCAUAUCAUGCUGCUCCAGGUAAGAUGGCUGUUUUUCCUGGUUAUGGUUUGAUACCAAUGUGGCCAUAUCUUCCUCCAUCAGUAUGUGAUACAUCUCAAGAUCAUGAGCUCAGGCCUCCUGCUGCUUAGUUAGUUUUGCCAUCUUUAAACGAAUAAAAUAUCACUUUCUUUCAUUCAUCCAUUUUUGUUCACCAA